AUGAAGAUCUGGGGUGUGAUGCUGGCGUGUGCACUGAUGCUGAGCUGCGUGUCCUCUGUCCCGAACCCAAGCGGACACUCUCACCAUUCACAACCACAUGCUCAGUGCCAUCAAAGACUACAGGACCUACAGAGAAAACCAUACAAACAUCUGCCUGAUGCUCGGACCGUCAAACAUCUGGAGCCAAGAAGUCACUCAGACAGCUUUCCCACAGCCCACUCAGCCUUCACCCACAGAUCCAAGAGAUCUCCAAAACGGAGAGGUUUUCUCCGCAGCAAGACGGACAAAAAGAGACCGGGCCGUGACGAGAGAGAGAAGGGAAAAGGAAGAGCAUGUGCACUGAGACACGUCCAGCUGAAAGUGUCUGAUCUGGGUCUGGGCUACCGGAGUCAGGAGGAGCUGAUAUUCAGCUACUGCAGCGGCGUGUGUAUGAACUCCCUCACAAACUAUGACAAAAUCCUCACCAGCCUCGCCGGCGACGGUAAAAACAUUCUGCGCAGCUCCCCUCCCACCGCCUGCUGCCGACCUGUCGAGUUCGACGACGACCUGUCGUUUCUGGAUGACAACCUGAUAUACCACACCAUGGCGAGGCACUCGGCACGGAAAUGUGGCUGUGUCUAAGCAGCUGCAGUGACAAUGACACCAGAUGAGAAAAUCAAUAGAAACAAUUUCAGGUUAUUACAUGUGUAAGCAUGGCUCGGCCGAGGGAAUCAUCAUGACUACAUUUCUCAGAGAAGAUACAGGAUAAGGAAUUGCAAGAAUAGUGUUGCAAGAUGUUCAAAAACUGGUACGAAAAAAGGAUAAAGCUGUGGCAGUAUUCUA